AUGGAGAAAUUUGGCGAAAAUUCAGCGGAUAACCUAAUAAUUUGCGGAGAUAGUUUAAAUGCUUUAACUAGUUUAACCAAAAUUCCGGAAUAUCAAAAAAAGUAUGUCAAUAAAGUUAAGUUAAUUUAUAUUGACCCACCUUUUAAUACCGGACAAAUGUUUGCUAAUUAUGACGACCAAUUAGAGCAUUCAGUGUGGUUAACUAUGAUGCGAGAUAGAGUGUUAAAAGCCUAUGAAUUAUUAAGUGAUGAUGCAAAAACAAUGUCUUUAAGUUAUGUAUACCCAAUUAUCACUCCGUCUGGAAAAAUAGUUUAUCCCCCAAAAGGAAGUUCAUGGCGUAUGUCCGAAACCCGUUUUAAAGAAUUAGAAGUGGGACACAAUGCGGAAGCACGAGAAGAAAUUAAAAAACUAUUUCCCGAAAUUGAGCCAUUUGCUACACCAAAACCCGAAAGGCUACUUCACCGAAUUAUCCAAAUUGCCACGAAUGAGGGCGAUAUUGUGCUUGAUUAUUUUGCUGGUUCGGGGACUACCGCGGCGGUGGCUCAAAAAUUAAGGAGAAAUUAUUUUCAAGUUGAAAGGUCUAUGUUUGAUACUCAUUCCGGAAUAAUUUGUAUUGCCGAGCAUGCUUUAAAUGGUAAGUUGGCGAAACUGGUAGCGACCCAGUUAGAAUAUGAUUAUCAGCCGGAAAACGAGCAUUUUUGCGGCAAAAAAGGGGAUGUUUUGUUAGCGGUAGUGGAUGGCAUGUUGACCGAGGGAUUACUUAAUUUCUUGCUGAAUUCCAUGGAUAAGGAAAAGUUUUUGGAAGUAGCGGCUUUGGCGGUUGACCCCGAUUUAGAGGAUAAAAAAUUUAAUAAUAUAAAAAUUGUGGGUUGCGUUCCGAUAUGGCUCUUCUACAAGUCAAAAAAAGAAACUAAAAAAAUAGAGAAAAGGCUUGAAGAAGAAAUAAUAGCAAGAAAGGAUUUAGAGAAGAAAGUGAUAGAAGAAAACGCUAAAGGAUUGAACUCUCUUUAUUAUAAGGAAAGAGAAAGAAGUGAAAAUUGCUAUAAAAGGCUCAAAGAGGAAACGGAAAAAAGCGAUAAGUUAAUAAAUAAGGAACAUGACAUUAGUGAUGAGAAUCAACAACAAGAAGCAAUUGUAGAGGUUAAAGAACUCCGUCUACCCAACCAAGAAGCAGUUCAAGCAUUUUUAAACCAUUAUUAUAAUUCCGAAAAUAAUCCGGAAAAAUUAUCUGACCGAAGGCUCGACAAUUUUAGUAAAUUGUCUGAAUAUAUUCUCUCGGUAGCUACCGGAGUAGGAAAAACUUAUAUAAUUGUCGCUAUUCUAAACUAUUUAGCCGAAAGCGAAAAGUUAACUAAUUUUCUCAUUGUUGCCCCAGGAAAAAUCAUUCGAGAAAAGACCAUUAACAAUUUUUCACUCAAUAAACCUAAUUCUUUGGCGGAUAAACUAACCAUUAAACCUCCCCAUAUUAUCGAUAUCAAAAAUUUUCACACGGCCAAAACUACUGAUAAAAAUUCCGCUAAAUUAUUUAUUUUUACCGUUCAAUCUCUAACCCAAGCCAAAGGCAAAACGGCUCGCAAAACUAGUAAUUAUGAUGAAGUAUUGGGUCAAUCUUUACGGGAACAUUUAAGUAAACUAGAUGACUUGGUUAUUUUUGCCGACGAACACCAUUUAUACUAUGGGGAAAAGUUUUCCGAAGCCAUUCGGGAACUGAAACCUAAAAUUUUAAUUGGACUAACUGGAACUCCGCAUGAAAAAACUCCCCCACAAGAAAUUAUUUUUGAAUAUCCUUUAUGGAAAGCCUUGCGGGAUAAAUUAAUUAAAAUUCCGGUUAUGGUUGGUCGCUAUGACGGAUAUCAGGAGGAAGAAACUAAAUUAAAAGAUGCGAUAAAAUUAUUAGAAGCUAAGCAAACACUUUUAGACAGUUAUACCCAACAAAACAAUUUGAAUUCUCAAAAAGCCUUAAUGUUAACAAUUGCUCCCAGUAUUGAGGAAGCCGAAAACAUUAAGAGUAGUUUAAUAGUUAAUUGUCAAUUUCCCUCUGAAAAUAUUCUCCAAGUUGACAGUAGCAAAAUUACCGAUGAUUUAGCCCAAGAAUUACAAAAUAUUGAUAAUUCCCAAAACCCCACUCGAAUUAUUAUUGCGGUUGGCAUGUUAAAAGAGGGUUGGGAUGUCAAAAAUGUUUAUGUUAUUGUUCCCUUGCGGGCUUUUAAAUCGGCUACUUUUAUCGAACAAAUAAUUGGUCGUG